CCCAACACUCAGCCUUACACAGGAGGUUGUCAUGACAGGACCAGUCUGUACAUAUUUUGACUAAGGACAGCAGGGUUGUCAAGCCUGAAGACCAAGUUAGUAAACUUGGGCACCUUACUGAACUGGGGUAAAAAGUGGGGUCGUUACUAGACAGGAUACCUGUCUAGCUUUUCUGCUCUCGCGCUGUCCUGCUUUUUUAACCCUGCUUUUUUUUUAGCGCUAUCGCUGAAAAGAGAGACAGGACUAACCUACCGUGGGAAUGCAACUGCUACUUUCUGAUUGGCUAAUUUUUGCAGGGCAGUUGCGCAACAAUUUUGUUGAUCCGUGGCCGUAUCAACUAAACUAAUAAAGAAAGCUACACCCUUUUAAUUAUAUUAUAGUGAGGCUGAUGAUUAAAAUUAUGGAUUUAAUUUAUUUCAUUGAACAUGGCGACUGUUUCGGAUGUUUCAAAAGUCAUCUCAAACAUUUUAGUUCCACUUUCUUUUUCAAUUAAACCCAAAAAAUUAGAAGCUGUGGUAAAUAUUUUAAAUGGAGUCGAUACCUUGUGUAUUUUUCCAACGUUUUAUGGUAAAAGUUUAAUCUACCAACUUUUACCAAGUGUGUGUUUGGAGUUAAAUAUAGCACCUUCACCACUUGUUUUAGUCGUUUCUCCUCUUAUUUCUUUAAUCCAAGAUCAAGUUUCAUGUGCAAAUUCGUUAAGUGCGUUAGGAUUAAAGGCUUCCAAACUAGAUUGCGAUGAUUAUGGGGAUAUUAUAUCUGGCAAUUUCAAUAUUUUGAUUGGCACACCUGAAUCUUGGCUUAAUAAUGCCAGGUGGAGACAGUUUCUCUCAUCUAAAUUUGUACUGGACAAUGCUGUUUGCCUUGUUGUGGAUGAAGUACACAAAGUGUCAUGGGGUGCCUCACCAAUGAGCAAUGAGGACAAGCCAUUCAGAGAAGCAUUUGGUAGAAUCAGUGAAAUGCGGUCUAUCUGUCGUCAAGAUUUACCUAUUCUUGCCCUCAGUGCCACUGUGGAUGUUGAUUUGACCCAGCUUGUUAUCGGAAGUUGCGGAUUAUAA